GCCAAUAGAAUUGAGUUGGAAGGAAUCCCAAACAGGGGCGAAGUCAUUGGAACAUAGAAACUUCUCGAUUAGAGAUAGAAAGAAAAAUAAGGAAUUACCAGUUUUAUUUUAGCAGGCAUUUACGAGAGAAAUAAGUCUGAAAUAAUGUCUACGAAACUAGAAGAGCUCAGGCUGGAUGUUGCAGAAUUAAACCGAUUUCUCAGUGCAGCAGUGCGGCAGAAAGUGAAAGAUGCCCUUUCAGUUGAAAUUCGCAAACUUGAAACUGAAAUCACAACAUUGAAAGAGUUUUCUGAGAAAGAUUCGGUUCCUGAAACACCUGUCAGUCCAGUUACAACAUCCAAGCUGAAGUGUUAUGAAGUGAAGCUUAAUAACUAUGCAUGGGAUCAGUCUGACAAAUUUGUUAAAAUAUUUGUUGCUUUAAAAAAUGUACAAACAGUGGAAGCAGCUAAUGUGUUCUGUGAAUUCACCAACAGGUCUGUGGAACUGAAGGUGAAUGGUUUGGAUAAUCGAAAUUAUACUCUGCCUGUAAAGAAUCUACUGGAAGAAAUAGAUGCAGAUAAAAGCCACUGGAAAGUGAAAACAGAUAAUGUUGUCAUAUUUCUCGCAAAGAAGAAAGAUGGAAUCAAAUGGUCACACAUGACAACACAUGAGAAGAAAGCUAAUGAGCCACGGUUACCUAAACUCGAUCAGAAUGACGAUCCAUCUGCUGGACUUAUGGAUAUGAUGAGGCAGAUGUAUGAAGACGGAGAUGACGAUAUGAAAAGAACCAUCGCAAAAGCUUGGACUGAGAGCCGCGAAAAGCAAAUGAAUUUCUAAUUUGAGCUUUAUGUCUUAACAUUUGUACAACAAUUAAGAACCUCCAAAGAACAUGAGAAUAGCCGGAAUAAAAUCAUUCAAGUUUUCAUAUAAAUACCAUUCCUAUAACUUAUGUUUGGAAGUCAGCAUUUUUAAAGUAGGUUGUGGCUUGGAGUAGUAAUGUUUAUAAUUUAAUAGUUGCACAUUUCACAUUUUUUCAUUCAGACUUCAGUUUAAUUUCCUGGAUGUAUAUUUGUAGCAAGUGCAUACCAUGUAAAAUGAUACAUUGUAAAACCCACUUGAAUAAAUAAAUAUAUCUUCUCUGUGAAAAAUUAUAA